AUGAAAUACGAAAAUUUCACACCGGCUCGCGAGUCAACAAAUCCCGACGCUUUGGACGGUCAUAACAACCAUCAACGAAAUCACUCGACAUGCAGAAAUCAACUGAUGAUCACCGAUGUUUCCGCUGCAGUGGAAGGUGUCUAUGCAUUGAAGAAGAAUAUUCGCUUUAGUUUAAGUCGACAGAUGUUAAUUGACUGUGACUGGUUUACAGCAACAUGUCGCGAGGGAUCAUUCGGUGAUAAAACAUUAGAUUUAAUCCGAUCAAUUGGUCUCGAACGUACGGAUUGUUUUCGUGAUGCGACUUUCACAAUUUAUAAUCGUUCAAAAGGGCAAGGGACAGCUCUCAAUGCAUAUCGAGAAUCGCUCUCAUGCAAUGGAUGUCGUUUCUUGUAG